ACAGAAAAAAACUAGAAACCGAGUAGGCUACAUAGCUAGUGUAAUACUCGUCAGAAACAAAAGGAACCCAAACUCAGACUAUUUCUUUGGAUUUUGACUUGAAAUUCACAUUGACUUGAAUUCUGCCUCUGUCGAAUUCGCCCAAUCUUCACAGAGAUUGGACACGCCUGACGAGCAACAAAGGGAGUUAACUCACAAUCAAUCAAUACAAUCAAUUCAAAGAUGCCGCGCAACGUGCGCCAGAAGAAACGCGCCGAGCGACGCGUCCAAGGGGCUACCACAGCUGCCGCUGAUGAGACGGCCAAUGGCAGCAAGAAGCUGAUCAACGCCGAGCUGGACGAGCAGGCCAUGGGCGAUGGCCAUGGCAACGAGAUGAACAGCAAUGCCAACAGCAAUACCAAUGGCAAUGGCAACGACAGCAGCAAGGAUCAGGAUGGGCAUGGCCAUAACGAUCAGCAGAAGAGCAGUGGCAAUGGCAAUGGCAAUGGCAAUGGCAAUGGCAAUGGCAAUGGCAAUGGCAGCAACACCAACAACAACAACAGCAAUAACAACAACAACAACAACAUAGGCCCAGCCAGCUCGAGCAGCAGCAGCAGCACCACCAAUGUGAUGCACACCAAGAAGCCAAAGGCUUCGCGCGCCGAUCCCAUCCUGGCAUCGCUCAGCAAGAACGCCUUGCGUAUGAGCGAUGUGCAGCUGUUGCACGGACCGCACUGGCUGAACGAUGCCAUAUUGAAUUUCUAUUUCGCCUAUUUGGAGGAGAUCAAGUACAAGUCGAACACGGACUUUCUCUUUGUCACACCGGAGAUGUCGCAGUGCAUGCUCUACAUGGACGACAAGGAGCUGCACGGACUGCUCGUCUCACAGCAUCAGGUGCUGCGCAAGCCGUUCCUCUUCAUAGCGGUCAACGAUAGUCAGUCGCGUGAGCGAGGCGGCGCCCACUGGUCGCUGGUGGUGGCCUCGCGGCCAGACAAGAGCUUCUUUCACUUCGAUUCGUAUGGCGGGAGCAAUACGAGCAGCUCUUUGGAGCUGGUCAACAAUAUCAAGGAUGUGCUGGACAUGCAGCACGCUCGCUUCCGUGGCAUGCGCUGCCUCCAGCAGAGCAACGACUACGACUGCGGCAUCCAUGUCAUUUGCAUGGCCGACCAGAUCACCGACUAUGUGAAUCGCUAUGACAGUGUCGAUGGGGUGCAGCCCCUGCAUCAGGAUGUCAUCAAGGCCAAGCGCAAUCAGCUGAUCAAGCUGGUCACCACCCUCGGGCAGCACAUUUAAGCAGCGACAGCGACAGCAGCCUAGCACACGAAUUCGAUCAGUUGAAACCGAAACGCAUUUUUCCAAAUUACAUUUUACAUUUGAUAACACUGCAUAUAACUGCAUUGCAUUCUGCACUUUACAGCACUGCGCUGCACCUAAUUCACUCUAGCUUGGCCCCCUGCUCAAGCACUCACUCACUCGCUUGCUCGCUCACUCACUUGCUGACUCGCUCGCACACCCACACACACACACACGCACACACAUCUGUUCGCUCUUUAACUUUCCCCCUCUUCGACUCCUUAGUUCGCUCCCUUUGACAGUUUUGGAAAAUGCGUUUUGUUUGCUUCUUGACAAACACACAGUGAAUGAUUAUCUGUUUUUACUACUGUAUGAUUCUAGAAAUAUAUUAAAUGAUGUCAAGAGGACAUAUUAUA